CACGCGAAAGUAUAAGCUAAGAAAGAUAAAAAUCAGACGUUGCCUCGACCAGCAGACCACUAUGUCCAGAGCGUCCACCAUGAUGUUGCCUGCCACCCUGAUUCUGGCACUGGUUCCUGUCGUGGUCAGUCUCAGAGACCCAAGCUCCGUCUGUUUACCGGACAAGUGGCAGACGAUAUUCUACGAUAUUCAAACAGCUGAUUUCGGAGUUACUGGACUUGACUUCAGUAGGAGAUUGGUUGCACAACUUUGGCAGAGUCGGAACUUCAAGAUAGUCUACAAUCUGACAGAGAGAGUCGGCUACAACAUCCAGAUACCAAACGACAACUGCAUCAAGUUCAAGAUGAACGACAGCCAAGUUUACGAGCAAUGUCUGCCAAAAGACGCACGACUGUUUAGCCCAAACAACAGCUACAUCGGCUACGGUCUGACCUCUCUAGACAUGGACGUGUGGGAGGUGGACCUGCCCGGGGGUGACCUGACCAGGGUGGCCUUCACCACGUCAUCGCCUGCUGUACCCGUCAUGUCUCAACUCUUUGAGGCUGGCAAGGAAACUCAGUCGUUUCUUUAUUUCAACUCAGCCGAGUCAGUUGAUCCUGUUCUCUUCGACAUCCCUCCCUCCUGUCCUCACUAGAUCUUUGCCCCUUCCCCUCCUGUCCUCACUAGAU